AUGGUCCCAAGCAGGACCUUCCUGCUGGUGCUCUGGGCAUGGGCCUGGGCGCCCUCCAGCGCUUCUGGCCAGACCGAUGAAGACAAUGAAUUUCUGGAGGAUCCCAUCCUUUUUCUGAGGCCGGAGCCAGGGCAGGGGAGUCUUGAUUGCCCCCGAGAAUGUGUGUGCACCCAAGAGGGUGUGGUGGACUGUGGAGGCAUUGACCUGCGGGAGUUCCCGGGGGACCUUCCUGAGCACACCAACCACCUGUCCUUGCAGCCCAGGGCCCUUGCUCCUAGCACGAGCCCUGAACGCUCUCCUCUGUCCAAGGUACUGACCUCCUUCAUCCACUCUUUCGAAGGGCUCCCUGAGGAAGCAUUCAAACGGCUGACAAACCUGAAUUACCUGUACCUGGCUAACAAUAAGCUAACUCUGGCUCCGAGGUUCCUGCCGAGUGCCCUGGUCAGCGCUGACUUUGCCGCCAACUUCCUCACCAAGAUCUACGGGCUCACCUUCGGCCAGAAGCCAAACUUGAGGUCUGUCUACCUUCACAAUAACAAGCUGGCCGACGCCGGGCUCCCAGACAACAUGUUCAACGGCUCCAACAACGUGGAGAUUCUCAUCAUGUCCAGCAACUUCCUCAAGUACGUGCCCAAGAACCUGCCCCGGGCCUUGUACAAGCUGCACCUGAAGAAUAACAAGCUGGAGAAGAUCCCGGCCGGCGCCUUCAGCGAGCUCGCCAGCCUCCGGGAGCUCUACCUGCAGAAUAACUACCUGACCAACGAGGGCAUGGACAACGAGACCUUCUGGAAACUUUCCAGCCUCGAGUACCUCGACCUGUCCAGCAACAACCUGUCUCAGAUCCCGGCCGGGCUGCCCCGUAAUAUUGUGCUGCUGCACCUGGAGAAGAACGCCAUCCGGACGGUGGGGCCCGACGUGCUGACCCAGAUCCGCAAUCUGGAGUACCUGCUGCUGCAUAGCAACAAACUCAAGGCCAAGGGCAUCCACCCGCUGGCCUUCCAGGGCCUGAAGAAGCUUCACACCGUGCACCUAUACAACAACGUCCUGGAGCGGGUGCCCAGCGGGCUGCCCCGCCGCGUCAAGACCCUCAUGAUUCUCCACAACCAGAUCUCGGCCAUCGCUCGCAACGACUUUGCCACCACCUACUUCCUGGAGGAGCUCAACCUCAGCUACAACAAGAUCACGAGUCCGCAGGUCCACCGCGACGCCUUCCGCAAGCUGCGGCUGCUCAAGUCUCUGGACCUGUCGGGGAACCUCCUGCAGACGCUGCCCCUGGGCCUCCCCAAGAACGUGCAGGUGCUCAAGCUGAAGAGCAACUCGCUGGGCGCCAUUGCCCGGGGGGCCCUGGCCGGCAUGGCGCAGCUGCGAGAGCUGUACCUCACCAACAACAGGCUCAAGAGCCGGGCCGUGACGCCACGCACCUGGGCCGACCUCGCCAGCCUCCAGCUCCUCAACAUGGCCGGGAACCAGCUCACAGAGAUCCCAGAGGGACUGCCUGAGUCCCUGGAGUACCUCUACCUACAAAACAACAAGAUUAGCACCGUGUCUGAAAAUGCCUUUGAGUCGACCCCCAAUCUCAAGGGGAUUUUUCUCAGGUUUAACAAGCUGGCGGUGGGUGCCGUGAAGGAGAGCACCUUCAAGAGGCUGACAAACCUGCAGGUGCUGGACAUCGAGGGCAACUUUGAGCUUGGUGAGGGUUCCAAGAAACAUGGGCGCCCGGAAGAGGAGGAAGAGGAGGAGGAGGAAGAGGAGGAAGGCGAGGAGGACGAGGAAGAAGAUGAAGAGGAAAUGAGAUAGCCAUGCGAGCUGGCCUGGCCCACCUGGACAGCGGAUGGAAAGUGACGCCUCUCUCUGUGUUUGCCCCCGAGCUUCCUCCUACCCAGACAUGCCAGUCACAGCCCUACAGAAACUACCCACCUACAUAGUCACACACAGACAGACACAAGGACACGCAGCCCCCUCUCCUCUCUUUGUCUUUCCUCUGCCUCUCUGUCUCUGUU